AUAUCACCACGGCAACCAGGGGGCGCGGGGCUUAGGUGCGGGAGCCUGCGUGCUGCCCAGCUGAGCCGGACGCAGGGCACCUUGCAGCCAGCUGCCAGCACCCGCAGGUCCACCCUGCUGCGUCAGCGCGACCGGAAGCGCUUAUGCUGGGAACAUGGCGGCGUCCUCCAGCGGCUUGGGUGGCGGUGCGGGCCCGGGACCCGAGACCGGGGACUUCCUGGCCAGAUACCGGCAGGUGUCUAACAAGCUGAAGAAGCGGUUCCUGCGGAAGCCGAACGUGGCGGAGGCCGGCGAGCAGUUCGCCCAGCUGGGCCGCGAGCUGCGCGCCCAGGAGUGCCUGCCCUACGCGGCCUGGUGCCAGCUGGCCGUGGCGCGCUGCCACCAGGCGCUGUUCCACGGGCCGGGGGAGGCCCUGGCGCUCACCGAGGCCGCCCGUCUCUUCCUGCAGCAGGAGCUCGAGGCGCGCCAGCGGCUCGCCUGCCCCGCCGCCUACGGGGAGCCCCUGCAGGCGGCCGCCAGCGCCCUGGGCGCCGCCGUGCGCCUGCACCUCGAGCUGGGCCAGCCGGUGGCCGCCGCCGCCCUCUGCCUGGAGCUGGCCGCCGCCCUGCGCGACCUGGGCCAGCCGGCCGCCGCCGCCGGCCACUUCCAGCGCGCCGCCCAGCUGCAGCUGUCGCAGCUGCCCCUGGCCGCGCUGCAGGCGCUCGGGGACGCCGCCUCCUGCCUGCUGCUGGCGCGCGACUACAACGGCGCCCUGGCCAUCUUCACGCGCAUGCAGCGCCUGGCGCAGGAGCACGGCAGCCACCCGGUGCCGCCGCCGCCGCCGCUCCCGCUGCCGCCGCCACCGCAGGUACACGGACCCGGCGCGGCCCCCGCCGCGCCGCUCCCACCCCACGCCGCCGGCUCUGCGGCCGCGCCCUCCCCCGCCGUGCUGGGCGCCUUCUCGGACGUCCUGGUCCGCUGCGAGGUGUCCCGCGUGCUGCUGCUGCUGCUCCUGCAGCCGCCGCCCGCCAAGCUGCUCCCGGAGCACGCGCACACCCUGGAGAAGUACUCCUGGGAGGCUUUUGACAGCCAGGGCCAGGAGGGCAGCGGCCAGCUCCCCGAAGACCUCUUCCUGCUGCUCCAGUCCCUGGUCAUGGCCACCCACGAGAAGGACACGGAAGCCGUCAAGGCGCUGCAGGUGGAGAUGUGGCCGCUGCUGAGCGCCGAGCAGAACCACCUGCUUCACCUCGUGCUGCAAGAAACCGUCUCCCCCUCGGGACAGGGGAUCGGAUGACUCGCAUUAGCCUGGUGACUGCCUGCUGCCAGACCCCCGGCACCCGCCGCUGCAUUUGGAGGGAAAUAAAAGAUACUGAUCGCCGCCGUUCUACCUUUGUUAGCUUAUUCCUCUUGCCACCACAGAAAUCUCGUUGACUGAAAGUUACCUGUACCCCAAAGACUUCUUUCCAUAAUAGUGGGAGAAAAAAACAGUGUGAUGGGAUCUGAGAGCACAUGACUCGCUUCUCAAAAACUGCGACAUAAAAAUGAGACUCCUUAAAAAAAAAAAAAAAAGCCUCACCGGAAGAGAGCCGCUGCUUUUGAUUUUUAGGGAGCGAGAGAGUGGAAGGGAGGUGAGGUGGGGGGAGAGACAGACAUCGAUGUGACAGCUAUACGUCAAUUGGUUGCCUCGCGCAUGCGCCGGGGUGGGGAUCAAACCUGCAGCGUACCUCCCCUGGACCGGGAUCAAAUCCCAAUCCUUGCGUGCGCGCGCGCGCGCAGGCUUACACUCUAACCACUGAACCCACAGGCCAGGGCAAAAUGAGAAUCCUUUUAUCCCUUUUCUCUUCCACCCAAGUUGAUCCGCCCCAUGCACCCACGCUCUAGUCUUUGUUUCAUUGUCAGGAAUUUAUUGCACACACUCUCAAUACUUAAGCUAUGUGGUUUUCUUAUGGUGAUUAAUUUAUUGGCUAUUUCUCCCUUAUCUGCCUCAUACUUAUUGGUGGGAAUCAGUUGCUUGGUAUAAUUGUUGCCAUAGCCCUAAAUCCAUAAUAAAGCCAUUCCAAUACCCCUCACUUGUGGUUUAGAUUUAGUUCGCCUAUAAAAUGGGUAUAACUUAUCUACCUGGCAGGGGGCAGAAAGCAGAAACAGGUAGUUCUUAGUUCCAAGAUUAUUCAUUCAUUUGAAGUUGACAGUGUGUCUAGUCUAGUGUGUGGGCUAUGCCAGUGAAUCUACAGACAUCAUUUGCCCUGUGGUUCUUACUCGGAGAGCUGCAAUACAAACGUAUUCCGUGCAAGGUCAUUUCAAGGGUAGACUGAAAGGGAGUGGGGCCCAACUUAAAUGUGUCAGGUGUGCACUGAAAUUCACAUUUAUGGUUCUAUUCUGAGAGGUAUCUGUACUACCCAUGACCAUUUUUAUCUGUAGCGAUCUUUCUGUAACUCAAAUAUAUAAAAUCAGCAUG